AUGAUUUUGACAUUACAGAGCCGUUACAGUUCAUUUUGUCAUUUUAAUACAUGUGACUGGAUUGAAGAGUAUUUUAUUUUGGAAAUCAGAAACGUUGGUAUAGGCCAUAUAAGAAAAGUUAUCAAUGCAAGCAACAUAAGGAGAUCCCAAAAGUCAAUACUAAUCAAGAGAAUUGCUAAAGACUACUUUUGGAAUUAUUUAAUCAAAACCCAAAUACUUGAUAUUCGUACCACUCUCAAAGAGAAGGUGGCCUUAACUCCUACUGUAGUCAAUAUUGCUCCUUUUCCUGCCAGUUUUAUACCUGUUCUAGGGUUCUUUUUGCCCUUACCAAUAUAG